ACAAUGUCCUCUUGCGGGAACUUUACCAAACUACUUGUGAUACUUGCGGUGUUCCUUUCUUCGACAAGUAUCGCAAAACUCGUACCCGUAAUUGAGCGCAUCGAUUCGACAUUUAAUGCACAACUAUCGAACAGCAGCAUCACGGUGCUGACGGAAGGUCCCCAAGGCCGACGACGCAUUCCCGAGUUUACGGUGUCGAUCCAAAACUAUCACUCCGUCUCCGAAGCUUGGCUGAAUGGAAAACUUACCAUCAGCACUAAGAAUGGACGCAUCAGCCAACCCAUCAUAGACACCACGGUAAGCUUCUGCGAUCUGUUGCAAAAUCCACAAAAGUAUCAUGUAAUGUCGCUGAUCUACUUCGAGAUCCGGCGCUACGGGCGCGCACCCGACCGCUGUCCGAUCGCUCCCGGUCUGUACGUGUACCCCAACGUAUCGCUCAAAAGAACGCAAAUACCGUCCUUUCUAUUGGAGUCGAACUUUGUGGUCGAGGUGAGCGGGACUACCGGUUCGGCAAGAAACCAGUUUGUCAACGUGAAAGCGUACGGGUCGCUGAAGCGCUUUUAAGCAAACCAGCAAACGAACAAUAAAUGAAUACAUAUAUGCUUGGAAAUACUACUUACUAACGUAUGUAACACGAUAGUAGCUUUAUUCAUAUAGUACCAUCAGAUUGCAAUAGAGGGCCCACUG